AUGACAAAGGACAAGGGAACGUACUCAAUCACCCAUCUCUUUGUCCUCAGUACAAUCUUUGGCGCCACACUCCUUGGUCCGGCUGCAAAGCCCCUGGACCUUCCUCAUAACCCACCAAUUCAUCGACCCGAGACGAAAUCGGAGCUGGUUGAAGCUGUCCGCGACUUAUGGAAUUCUAUAUUCGACUGGAAUUUCCUCGUACUUAUCAUCACGCCCAAACCUAGCAUCCGCAUGAUUAACGGACACGGUCAACCCCAUCCUACCACUUCAAUGAAUAAUGGGGUUUUAUCCCGACUCUUCCAUAUUUUUGUCGUUAUAUUCGGCAUAUUCUCCGCAGCGAUCAAAAGAUCGUUCUCGAUACUGCGAUCUCCGUUUCGCUCCAAACCCGAACCUCGACCCACCAUUCUACCGCAUUAUACCCCGCCCAUGACCACGUCUCGAAUCAAGGAACCCCUCCAGGGGACUAUCGCUGCCCCUUCGAUUGCUCCUAGCGCAUCGAGCGCUUCUUACAAUCCAAUUCGAACUCCUACUCGGGUAUUCUCACCUACCAACUACUCUCCCAAGCCCGACCUCCCUUCGUCUCGGAGCACUAGCCCCACUACCGAUCGGUUCAUCACAACCCUCAACGACCUCGAAGCUCAAAUGCAUAACCACCAGUUCUACGAUCUUGAGCGCGAGUUGGAGGACAUGGAUAAUCGCAUGGCGCAGAUGUUUGACUUUUCAUGGAUCCCUAGCAAGGCUCCCAUGUCGUUUAAUCUUCCACCAGUGAUAACCCCUCCCGAAACCCCUGUCCAAAUAAUACUGCCCCAGGCUCCUCCACCGGCACGCCGAGACAGAAAGACCAUCCAAAUUUUACCCAUGAUUUGCGAGGUCUCUGAGAACUCUCCAGAUUUGCAUCGUACACCUCCAUACGACCAUACCCGGUGGUCGAUUAUCACCUUCCAGCCACUAUGGGGCCCACGCGCCUAUGCUGGAAUGGCUUAUUGA